GACUAGUUUCUAAAAUUAGCCUCAUCUCGAACCAUGAAUCCGCUCUGGCUUCAAAUUCGCACCCUGCCCUGCACCAAAUCCAAAAACUUCUCCCACAUCUUCAGAUAUCGAUCCAACUUCAACUUCAACUUACCUAUGCCAUCAGCGUUUCACACAUUCAAGCUCGUUCCAGCAAUGGCGCAAAACGCUUCAUCCCGACAAUCGCUAUCAUCCGCGCCGCAUCCCGCUCCCAUCCUACCUCCAUCCACCCCAGCAAAUUCGCGUCCAUCGCCCAAUAUUUCAACCCCAGCUUCAACACAACCACAAACUCAAACUCCCACCAUGACAACUCCAAGCAGUGAAUCGCGCAUGCAUCCUCCUAGCAUCCCACGAAGUUUGAUGACUCCAGCUAGAGAAUUAAGAGAAAGUUCCGUCGCGAGUAGUAUUGGGGGUGGAAGUGCGACGCGCAAACCCAGGCAGAAUUUAGAUGAGCGCGAUCAAAUUCAAGCAUUGAAAGCUUGCAUUGCUCAAAAACACAAUUUCAAAGAAGGAACAAAGAGUCAAUUUUGGAAUGGAGUUAACGCACAAUUUCACGAGUCUACUAAUAAAGUUCUGGCGCAAAUGAGCGCGACUGUCGCAAGAUUGGUAGAAGCUCGUAGGAGACAAGUAUGCGAUUGGGAAAAUGGCGUUAUCCCUGAUAAGCCAGGUGGAGAAUUGAACACAUUAUUGGAUGAAUGGAUUGAGUUUCUAAAGGUGGAAGAUUCGGACGCGGAGGCCGAGAGACAGCGACAGGUUGAUGCUAGGAGAAGGGUAGAAGAAUCAAGGAAAGAAGCCAGGAAACAAGUAAUCGCGCAGGAAAGCUCAAUGCAAAGCCAAAGCCCAGGUGUGCGAAUCGUCGCGGGUCCUGCCCCUCCACAGCCAGUCGCAGAUAUGGGACAAAAUCAAUCUCAACAUCCUCCUCCUGGUCAAGAAAUGGUAUACCAAUCAGCCCCAAAUGGAGAAUUUGGCGAUGCAAACGGAUUUCGUCCUCACAAAAGAAGAAGAACCACGAAUAACGAACCCCACCCACCACCUCAAGUUCACCAAGAACCAAUGGUUCCCUACGCCCCAGAAUAUCGAAUCCCGCCUCCUCAUCCCCAAUCUCCACCUCGACGCGUCGUAGUAGAAGGUCAAUUGAGCAAAGAAGACUGGCGCGAUAUAAUGGGCAACGAUUCAAGACUGCGGGCGUUAGAAAGCAAAGUCGACAAAAUUGAAUUUAUCGUCUCACAAAAUAACAAAUUGCUGUUGCAAUUAUUGGCAAACAAGUCAGAAGACAAGGACAAAGAGAGAGAACGAGACAAGAGGAAUGACUCUGAGGAUCAUGAUAGGGUACCCGUUCAUUUAGAUGCGGAAUUCGAGAGGGACUAUUUGUGAGGCUACCCACCAUGCUCUUCGAUGCGCAAUUAGAAAAGGACAUUUGCUGAGAUUUUUUUUACAAAAGAACGGGACGCUAUUCAAAGACUCCUUUACCGAUAAAUGAUUAAUUAAGCUUUUGCUUGGUUUUUCGUCUGGAUUCCAUGGGUACAACAUAAUUCCUUGGUGCGUUGGACUAUAGUUUGCAUAAACCAAAUUCCUGGUUCUUCGUCCUCUUUUAGACGAGAUCGCAAAAUGCAUCGUCGACCCAUUUCCCGACUACUUGGGAAUCUCAGUACCUAAAGUUUCAACGUCUCAAGGAGGCCUUCCACGCGGUCGGAUUUCCAUGCUUCCUACGUGCUAUUAUCAUCUUUGAUUAUUUUCUCCCUUGUUCUUUUCACUCAAUCUCCAUUAUCUUGCUUGAUGCUGCAGUACUAGCAAAUUUCUACUUCCGCCAUGACUAGAGCAAAAUGGCACCAAACACUACAGUGUCUACUCGUCUACUUGGGAAGCGAGCUUGUAUUCACGGAUGGGACCGCUUGGUCAACUUGUCAUUUGUAUUUGUAUUAUUAAGUAUCCAAGGUACUAUUUUCUUUUACUUGAUCGCAAUUUCGAAAUCGAAAGCAUAUUUUUUAUCCAUUGGUACUUUGAUACUUCCUCGUUCUGGAUAACGCGGGGGUAUUGCUGGGGAAAGGUGGUGGAGAGCAGCGGAUGAGAAAUGAAUUGCCUGUUGGGCAUGAUUGAUGAUGGAUGGAACAUACAGAUAUGCAUGCAUAUACCUAUCUACGUAGUCUGAAACUUCACGCAACAGAGAGCGAGAAUUGAAAUGAAAGAAAAUCUGAGAUAUUUCUAACUUCAACCCAUUUCUAAUAGAACAAUUAUAUUGUCUGCCUAAAGAUUACACAUAUACUCA